AUGAGCACUAUUUUCAUUUUGAAAAUUCUCCCUAUCGUCGUCUGCACACAUCCUUUGCCGAUUUUCAACGAUGCUUUGGGGUUGCGAACUCCGCUCGCUGGUUGGCCCGUUGCUGCUGCCGCCGUUGUUGCUGCCAGUUACUUCGGUUGUUUCGUUGGCUGUACCGGUUGUGUUCCAUUUAUUAUUAUUGGUCGCGACAUUGAUAUCAAUAGUGAUAAUAACUUUCCGACUAACUCUGCUGUUCCUGACGUUGCUAACAGUAGUAAUAUGAAUGUUGAUUUUGGCUUGCAACUGUAG